AUGGGCAGUGGCCUGCUGUUUUGUCCCACUUGCGGCAACCUGCUCCUGGUUGAGAACCACAACGGCGAGAACCAGUUUAGCUGCUCGACGUGCUGCUAUCAGUACUACAUCGACCGCCAGAUCACCAAGGGCGUGCCGCUGCAACGCAAGGAGGUUGAGCCAGUGCUUGGUGGGGAGGAAGAGUGGAAGAACGCUCCUCGCACCGAAGCCCGCUGCCCCAGCGACACCUGCGGCCACCUCCAGGCUUACUUCAAGGAGGCGCAGAUCCGGUCCGCCGACGAGCCCGCCACCCUCUUCUACCGCUGCGCCAAGUGCGGCCGCAACUGGCGGGAGGGAUAG